AUGGCUAAGGAAGAGAGAAGCGGAUUAGCUGUAGGUCUUAACCGUGGCUAUAAAACAACAUUUUAUCAGCCAUCAUCUCGGAUAUCACGCAGGAAAGGUCAUUUAUCUACUCGUGUUUCAUUUAUUCGGGAUGUUAUUCGUGAAGUUACAGGAUUUGCUCCAUAUGAGAGACGUGUGAUUGAGCUAUUGCGUAAUUCAAAGGAUAAACGUGCACGAAAACUUGCAAAAAGAAGACUUGGAACUUUUGGGCGUGCUAAGAGAAAAAUAGAAGAAUUAACACAUUUUAUUGUAGAAACACGAAAAGCAGCAGCACAUUGAUUUUUUCGUUUUAAGUUUGCAAUGAGAAAUAUAUUUAUAACAGUGU